AUGAGUGUUCCAACCAAAAUGAACGUCAUCUCAACUAAUAUGACCAGAGCCAAUGAAAUGCAGAAAGUCGGUGAACUCAAGAGACAGCUGCAGGUAACUGCACGAAGUUGUGCUCUUCGAGGAAAUCGACCAUCACUCUCUGAACGAAGAUCACAAGAACUUCUUUCAGACAACAGCGACCACCUAUCAGAGCUAUUCCGAAAGAACCAAAACUGUUUGGUCGACUUUGAAAGUGAUGAUGAAAGCGACUUGGAAGAAGACUGCUGA